AUGGGAUGUGCGAGUUCGGGUAUAGGAAAGGGUAUAGCUGUUCAUCUUGCUCCAUAUAAACCCAAACUUGUUUUAGCUGCUAGAGGCACCACGGGUUUAGAGGCUACAAGUAAACAAUGUCAAGAUGCUGGAUUAGCUGCAGAUUCUAUUCUGAUAGUACAAUGUGAUGUAAGUAAAGAUGAUAAUCUAGAGAAUUUAGUUGAUACAACAAUAAAAACAUUUGGUUCUAUUUAUGGAUUGGUUAAUAAUGCUGGGUAUGCUGUAAUAGGAAAUAUUGAGCAAACGGACAUGAAAGAUUACGAUGGAAUUAUGAGAGUCAAUAUUAGAGCUCCAUUUUAUUUGUCAAAAUUAUGUAUACCCCAUCUAAAAACAAGCAAAGGUUGUGUGAUCAACGUGUCCAGUAUCGCCUCAAAGACAGGGGCAGCUGAAGUAUCAGCCUACUGUCUUAGUAAAGCUGCCCUAGACCAUUUUACGCAUCUACUGGCUGCAGGUAAAAGUUAA